UUGUUGGCCUGAAUGGAACCUGCAAGGGGGCGCACAGCGUCGUCCGAGGGCGCAGACGCCUACUUGAUGGACCUGGACACGGUCCAGCUGCUUCUCCCCCCCGGCGACGGCGACGGCGACAGUGGGUCCCCUGAAUUGGUGAUCGAGGCGUCGCCAAGCUAUCCCUGCAUCAACCAGGACCUGGACCAGCACCUUGCUAAUUAUUCGCUAGUUCUACCCAGCACGCCUGAAUUGGCGAUCGAUGGGUCAAGCUCUCCCAUCAUCGACUGGGCCGCCCUGGACAAGAUACCUCUGUAUAACGGCUCGUGCCUUGAAGUGGCUACCACCAUUAUCCCCUCAGAUGCCGAAACCACCAUGGCGUCCGAAAAUGCGAUGAGUGGCUCGGAUUUGAACGAGCCGCUCCACCGCGACAACACCUGUCUUCAAGCGGCGACCAUCGCUUCAAGCCCCUAUGCUUCUCCCCGCACCAUCCCCUCAGAUGCCACAACCAACCACGUCGUCCCAAGGGGCUAUUUGACUCAAGAAAUAGAGGAAGCUAUAAGACUUGCUAUGGAUACCCUGGCAAUCAAGCGAUCUUCCAUGAUAGAGCGUGUACUCAAGCCCUUUUGCUCCAAGAUUCAAGAUACCAUUCAGCAUGUAGUGGAAUCGACGAUGAAGACCUACUUUUUGCAAAAAAAGAAGCGGACCAUCACACAUGUUUCAAGCAUUCCACGUACAAAGUUCAAUAUUAAUUCCUACGAAGAAGCUAUACGGGAGAUAUUACAAGUCUUAAGAGCAGCCUGCGUCAUCCACAAUCUACCAUUAGCACAAACAUGGGCCACCUGUGCUCAACAAGGGAAACAGUGCAAACACCACUCAUAUGAGAACUGCCGAUACUGCAUAUCUACCAUUGAUGCAGCAUGCUAUGUAAAUGACCCUCGGAUCCAGAUUUUUCAUGAGGCCUGCUCUGAGCACCACCUUCUGCCUGGGCAAGGGGUUGCAGGGAAAGCCUUCGCCACAAACCAGUCGUGCUUCCUACCAGACGUUGGAUCUUCAACUGAACAGGAGUACCCAUUAUGUCACCAUGCUAAGAUCUUCAAGUUAAAAAGUGUGAUGGCAAUCCGAUUAAGAAGCACACGCACUGGGACAGCGGACUUCGUGUUGGAGUUCUUUCUGCCGACCGACUGUGAAGUAGAAAAUGAGCAGAAUGCAUUGAUGAAUUCCUUGUCAAAAACCGUGCCAUGUCUUUACCCAACACUACGCAUGGUUACAAACAAGGAGAUGGAGGAUGACCCGGUGUGGGAAAUGAAUGAGAUCAACUCGCUUGGUCUUCACAAGAACAAUAAGGUGAAGAAAAGAAAAUCAAUGGCACGAAGAUCACCUGUGUGGAAAAGCUUUACAGAGGUCAUGGUUGGAGAUACUGUUAAGGCUAAGUGCAACCAUUGUGGUAUUGACCUUUGCUGUGACUCGAAAACCCAUGGUACAUCCUCCUUGGCAAAUCACUUGAAAAUUUGCAAACUUAAUCCCAAUAAUAGGAUCACGGGCCCCAUGUAAUUAAGCAAAGUACUAGGCACUUUGCAUCUGCAACAGGGAAUAGUAGUUACUGCAGCAGAGACUAAUGUUAACUUAUGUUUUGUGUUAUGAUCUUUUGAAUUUAUGU